UCGGGAAGAGCAUCCGGGUACGUUGAGGCUGCUUGGGAAUUCACUGGCACACACACACACCGAGAGGCUGUCACUUGCUCCGGAUGAUGAGGGGAGGCUGUCGGCCGCAUACCUGAUGAUGAGUUUUACCUCCUCUUUGACAAUGAUGGCAUCGCCGGAUAAUUAAAAGAAAAGGGAUACCGAUAGAGGCGGACCGUGCUGGGUUACAUGGAGAGAGAGCAGACAGGAUACGGUGCCCCUGCCAGCCAUUGAAAGCUAUCCCUGAAGUAAUUAUCAUCAUGCAUUUGCACCAGGUGCUUACCGGGGCUGUCAACCCGGGAGAUAACUGCUACUCGGUGGGGAGUGUCAAUGACAUCCCCUUUACGGCCUAUGGAUCAGGAUGUGACAUUAUCAUACUUGCAAAUGAUUUUGAGUGUGUUCAGAUAAUCCCUGGUGCUAAACAUGGAAAUAUACAGGUUAGCUGUGUGGAAUGCUCCCAUCAACAAGGCAGGAUUGCAGCAUCAUAUGGAAAUACAGUUUGCAUUUUUGAGCCACUUGGUACUAUUAACUCCCACAAGCGAAACAGUCAACUAAAAUAUCAGUGGGUGAGAACAGGACAAUUUUUACUCACUUCAGUGACAUACAAUUUAGCUUGGGAUCCUCAAGGCAACAGACUGCUGACAGCCACUGAAUACUUACAGUUGUGGGCCCCUCCUUCAAGCGAAAUUCUAGAAGACGAUGAAGAUGAUAUAGACAGCCACAUAAUAGAUGAUAGGAGUCCGACAGCUCAAAGUGAUUGGAAUUUUAUCUGGCAAUGCAAGACUGCAGUGUCUGUGCAUUUGAUGAAAUGGUCCCCAGAUGGUGAAUAUUUUGCAACAGCAGGGAAGGAUGACUGUUUGUUAAAGGUUUGGUAUCCUCUUACUGGAUGGAAAUCAUCUUUUUUGUCUCAAGAAGACCAGGAAAAGAAAAGCUUCACCGAAGUCCAGUUUUCAUUUGUAUACUUGGCACAUCCUAGGUCAGUCAUUGGUUUUUCAUGGAGAAACACAAGUCGGUUCAUGCCAAGAGGUUCUGUUUGCAAUGUUUUACUUACUUCUUGUCAAGAUGGCAUUUGUCGUGUCUGGGCUGAAACUUUGUUGCCUGAAGAUAGUCUUCUUGGAGGUCAAAUAAUUGAGUGUACCACUUCAUCUUAUGCAGGGAAGCAAAAAGAGAAAAUCAAUCAAUCACUUGAGGCAAUUCAACAACUGAAACAUUUCAGAAGAGGCAGGAGAAGGUCUUCAUUCCUUGCUGCUCACACAGAAUUGCCUCCAAGUCAGCCGAGGCAGCACAAUGUCCAUCAUCACAUCUCAAAUCAUGCCAAUUCCUUGUGUCACUUCCACAUAGCUGCAAGCAUAAAUCCAAACACUGAUAUUCCUUUAGUUUUGGCAGGUACAGCUUUUAAUCUGGAUGAAGGGUAUGGUGGCUUUGUGGUUCACUGGCUAAAUAAUAAGGAGUUACAUUUUACAUCAUCAAUUGAGCUAUUCAUUCAAAAUCUGAAAUCGGUUGUUGAGCAACAGACAGAUAAUGAAGAUUAUGAAGAGGAUGAAGAAGGGUUACUUAUGAAGCUGGAUAAUGGUGUGCCUGAGGGAGGAGGAUCUCUGAGUGGCUCGCCUGAGCAUGAGCAAGCAGAGAGAGAAUUGAGCACCAAAGCUACUUCACCAGGUGCAACUUUGCCUCUACCUGCGGUGCUAUUAGAUCAGAAAAUUGAAUCACUUCUUACUGAGUGGAAUCAAAAUGCUGAUAUGCUGUUUACUAUUCACCCAGUAGAUGGCACUUUUCUAGUAUGGCAUGUGAACUAUUUGGAUGAAUAUAACCCAGGAAUAUUUAGACAAGUUCAGGUUUCAUUCUCUUCAAGAAUUCCAGUUGCUUUUCCUUCAGGUGAUGCCAGCUCUCUCAGUAAAAACAUUAUGAUGUAUGCUUGUAUUGCCUCUGCCCAGGAAGAUGCUUCUACUGGCCUGCAGGAAAAAGAGGCAUUAGAUGGUCACACUUUGAAUACAUUAAAUUCCUCAAAAGACAUCCCACAUGCAAACCUUACUGCUUCAACUGUCAUGAUGGUAUCAAAGCACAUUGAUGGAUCCCUUAAUCAAUGGGCUGUUACUUUUGCUGACAAAUCUGCAUUUACCAAUGUUCUCACUGUGUCUCACAAAUUUAGAUAUUGUGGUCACAGGUUUCACCUUAAUGACCUCGCUUGUCAUUCUGUUCUGCCCUUGCUAUUAACCUCAUCUCAUCACAAUGUGCUGUCAACACCAGAUUCUAUAAGUCCUUGGAACAGCUACCAUACAUUAACAGACCCUUUGAACCCAAUGAACAAUUUGAAAGGAUUCCCUGGGCAACAUUUUAAAAAUGCAGCUACUCAAACAUUUCAUGACCCAAAUGCUAUUUACAGUGAGCUAAUUUUAUGGCGUGUUGAUCCAAUUGGACCUUUGUCAUAUAGUGGAGGAGUUUCAGAGCUGGCAAGAAUCAACUCUCUCCGUACUGCUGCCUUCUGUAAUGUGGCAUGGCUUCCAACUCUUAUACCAAGUUAUUGCUUAGGUACAUACUGCAACUCUGCUAGUGCCUGCUUUGUGGCUUCUGAUGGCACAAAUCUGAGAUUGUAUCAAGCAGUGGUUGAUGCUCGAAAGCUGCUGGACGAACUAUCUGAUCCUGAAUCGUCUAGACUUAUUGGAGAAGUUUUUAAUAUUGUGAGCCAGCAGUCUACCGCACGACCUGGAUGUAUAAUUGAACUUGAUGCAAUAACUGACCAGUGUGGAUCAAGCACACAACUGCUUCAUGUUUUUCAAGAAGAUUUUAUAUUGGGUUAUAAACCACACAAAGAAGAAUUGAAAGAGUCUGAACCUGAAGUUUUCUUCCAACCAUCUCAAGGUUAUCGGCCACCACCUUUUUCAGAGAAAUUCUUCCUUGUGGUAAUAGAAAAAGAUCACAAAAAUAGAUCAAUACUAAAUAUGUGGCACCUUCACCUGAAAUCUGUCCAGGCAUGUGUAGCAAAGCCUCCUGAGGCUUCAUUAACAGAAAAUUUACUGACAGUUCCUGGUCAACCUACAGCUGACUCUUCACCAGAUACUUCUCCCAGCACAAGCCCAAUGACACGAUCUGCAUCAAUUGCUAAUCUACAGACUGCAAGCAAACUCAUUUUGAGCUCCAAGCUUGUGUAUAGCCAACCCUUGAAUAUUCCCAAUGGUGUAGAGGUAAUACGAGCCACACCAUCAGCAGGCCAUCUUAGUUCUUCUUCCAUUUACCCAGUGUGCCUUGCACCAUAUCUACUGGUUACAGCAUGUUCGGAUAACAAAGUGCGCUUUUGGACAUGCAAUGUUCAGAAAUUUAAAGAAUGUGAAAAUAUGGAGGGCCAGUAUAGUUAUUGCUGGAAAGAGUGGUCUCUAAUGAAUGAUGGACGUGAUGAGAACAAUAGCUCUGUAAGCGUUGCAGGGAAACCAGUUGCUGUAAGUUGUUCUUACACAGGAAGACUUGCCGUGGCUUACAAGCAGCUAAUUCAGCAUAAUGGUUAUGUCUCCAAAGAUUUUUCUAUGCAUGUUUGUCUUUUUGAAUGUGAAUCUACUGGAGGUUCUGAAUGGGUCUUGGAGCAAACAAUUCCUCUUGAUGACCUUAUCAGAGUUGGAAGCAUGCUUGAUGCCCGUGUUAGUGUGGACAGCAAUUUGUUUGUGUACAGUAAAUCUGAUGUAUUUCUAAAUAAAGACAGACAUUUGAUGCCCAAUAUCAAACAUUUAGUGCAUUUAGAUUGGGUUUCAAAAGAAGAUGGCUCACAUAUACUUACAGUUGGAAUUGCAUCCAAUAUUUUUAUGUAUGGAAGACUUUCAGGUAUUGUCACAGAUCAAACAAACAGUAAGGAUGGAACUUCUGUCAUUACUUUACCACUAGGUGGUAGCAUCAAGCAAGGUAUAAAAUCCAAAUGGGUCCUUCUAAGAUCAAUUGAUUUAGUGUCUUCUGUUGAUGGCACUCCUUCGUUACCUGUUUCUCUGUCUUGGGUCAGAGAUGGUAUUCUAGUAGUUGGUAUGGACUGUGAAAUGCAUGUUUACGCACAGUGGAAACACAAUCUGAAAUUUGGUGAAUGUGAAAGCUCAGCUUCAGAAGAAAAAGCUGUUUUAUCUCAACCUGAUUCUUUCCAAACGCAAACGCAUUUAAUAUCAAAGAAAACCAGCGUCAUUGAUGGUGCUGCUGUUGUAGAUGAUGUCUUUGGUAGUCCAACUGUUGUUCAAGAUGGUGGUCUCUUUGAGGCUGCACAUGUCUUAUCUCCAACCCUUCCACAGUAUCACCCAACUCAACUACUAGAGCUCAUGGACCUAGGAAAAGUUAGACGGGCAAAAGCUAUCCUUUCCCAUUUAGUAAAAUGCAUUGCAGGAGAAGUUGCAAUAGUUAAAGAUUUAGAUACUGGAGAUGAAGCUGCACCUAAACGUCAUCUUUCCCGAACCAUUAGUGUAAGCGGCAGUACUGCAAAGGAUAUGAUUAUUACAGGAAAGGAUGGAACAAGAGAGUACACAGAGAUUGAUUCUAUUCCUCCUCUACCACUCUAUGCACUGCUUUCAGCAGAUCAAGACACAACAUACACCCCUUCUGAAGAAAAUACAAAAAGUUCCAAAAGUGCAAAACACAACUUUGAAAGUAAAACAGAUGAUCAGUAUGCAGAUUUAUUUCAAGUGCAAAAUAUCACAACUGAUGACUUCAUCAGUUUUGAAACUGAAAAAAAACAGGCAAGAUCUAAAGUGAUCAAUCUCUCUCAAUAUGGACCAACUUAUUUUGGCCGAGAGCAUGCCAGUGUGCUUUCUAGUCAUCUAAUGCACUCAAGUUUGCCAGGACUGACAAGAUUGGAGCAAAUGUUUCUCGUUGCAUUGGCUGGUACUGUUGCCACAACAAGCACAGAGCUUGGAGAAAGCAGAGAUAACAACUAUUCUGGAGGAGACAAUCUUGAUGAGUGUGGCCUCAGAUAUUUGCUCGCCAUGCGUUUGCAUACUUGCCUCCUGACAUCGCUGCCUCCAUUGUAUCGAUUACAGUUGCUCCACCAAGGGUUAUCCACUUGUCAUUUUGCUUGGGCUUUUCACUCAGAAGCUGAGGAGGAAUUAAUUAACAUGAUGCCUGCUAUUCAGAGAGGGGACCCCCAGUGGUCAGAACUUAGGUCAAUGGGUGUUGGAUGGUGGGUCCGGAAUAUAAACACACUCCGGAGGUGCAUUGAAAAGGUUGCCAAAGCAGCAUUUCAAAGACAUAAUGACCCAUUAGAUGCUGCAGUUUUCUACUUGGCAAUGAAGAAGAAGGCUGUGCUUUGGGGUUUGUUCAGGUCUCAGUGCGAUGAAAAGAUGACUCAGUUUUUCAGCCAUAAUUUUACUGAGGACAGAUGGCGCAAAGCAGCCCUAAAGAAUGCCUUUUCAUUGCUUGGAAAGCAACGAUUUGAGCAGUCUGCUGCUUUCUUUUUAUUGGCUGGUUCAUUAAAGGAUGCUAUUGAGGUGUGUCUGGAAAAGAUGGAAGAUAUCCAGCUUGCUAUGAUCAUUUCUAGAUUAUAUGAAUCAGAAAUUGACACAUCGUCAACAUAUGAAUCACUUCUUUAUGAAAAAGUAUUGGGCUGCAGCAAAGAUGGUACAGGUUUUUGCUGCAGGAAGCUGCACCCUGAUCCUUUUUUGAGAAGCAUUGCAUACUGGAUAAUGAAAGAUUACACUAAGGCACGUGAUACUUUAUUGGAACAAACCCCAAAAGAAGAUGAUAAAAAUCCAGUUCUCAUAAAGUCGUGCAAUCCAGUGGUAUUCAGUUUUUAUAACUACCUACGGACUCACCCUCUGCUAAUUCUAAGAAAUUUCAAUACUCCUGAUGCCGCACUGUCAACUCCAGGAUUUAAGACAGAGAAACUUCAUGUGGAUAAAAUAAAUCUGAUUGAAAGGAAAUUAUUUUUCACCACAGCAAAUGCCCAAUUCAAAGUAGGGUGUCCAGUUCUUGCUCUAGAAGUGCUUUCCAAGAUCCCUAAACUCACCAGGAAAAUGCCUAGUGGUGAUGGUGGUUUGAGCUUAGAUUCUGUUGGACAAAACAGUCUGCAAUCUUUAGAUAAAGCAAGUCAUUUGGUGGAGGGGAUCACAAAUGACUGGCUAACUCCAGUAGUAAACCCAACAAAAUUGUCACACUGUGAAGGUUCUGUGACAGACUUUGACUGGAGUGUGCCAGCUUUGACUGUCGAGGAUGAGCCACUUCAGCUAGAUUGGGGUGAUGAUCAAGGAAGUGAUCAAGACGAAGAUGGAAUAGUAUUAAAAACUUUUGAUACAGAGCAAAAAAAGCAAAGUGAAAAUAAUUUCAAUUCAGAAUCACAAACACCUGAUAAUGUGAAAGAGGAAAGUGAAGUUGAUGUAAUUGCAGAACAACUUAAAUUUAGAGCAUGUUUGAAGAUUCUGAUGACUGAACUAAGAACUUUAGCGACAGGACACGAAGUAGAUGGAGGUAAACUGAGAUUUCAGCUGUACAACUGGCUGGAGAAAGAGAUUGCUGCCAUGCACAAAAUAUUUAAUCAUGAAACUGAGAGCAAAGAUUACACAGCUAAAGUAUCAUCCAGUGACAUUUUAGACAACCAAAAUUUCACUGAGAAGACAGAUAUUGGCUCAUACGAGCGCCACCAGAUAGAACGUCGUAGAUUACAAGCCAAAAGAGAACAUGCAGAAAAGCGAAAAUGGUGGCUACAAAAGAACCAGGCUCUGUUAAGGGUUUUCCUAAGUUACUGUAGUUUACAUGGAGCACAAGGAGGUGGUCUGGCUUCUGUAAGAAUGGAACUCAAAUUUUUGUUGCAAGAGUCUCAGCAGGAAACAACAGUAAAGCAGCUUCAAUCGCCACUUCCUUUACCUACAACCCUUCCCUUACUGUCGGCAAGCAUUGCUGUGACAAAAACUGUCAUUGCGAACCCUGUACUGUACCUGAAUAACCACAUCCAUGAUAUUCUUUACACCAUUGUACAGAUGAAAACUCCUCCUCAGCCUGCCAACCAAGACUCAAAGGUUUACACACUACACCUGUUGGCAGCUUCUCUUUCCGCUUCUAUAUACCAGGCAUUGUGUGACAGCCAUAGCUAUAGCAGUCAAACGGAAACAAAUCAGUUUACAGGAAUGGUCUAUCAAGGGCUUCUUUUGAGUGAGAGACGGAGAUUGAGAACAGAAAGUAUUGAAGAACAUUGUACACCUAAUUCAUCUCCAGCUUCAUGGCCAGGUGUCAGCUCUCUGAUAAACCUUCUCACUACUGCCCAAGAUGAGGAUCAGCCAAAGUUAAAUGUUUUGCUGUGUGAAGCUGUUGUAGCAGUCUAUGUUAGCCUACUGAUACAUGGUCUUGCCACUGAUUCCAGCACAGAACUGUUUAGACUUGCAGCACACCCCUUAAAUGGUCGAAUGUGGGCAGCUAUUUUUGGUGGAGGAGUUAAGCUUGUUGUGAAACCUAGGAAGCCACCAGAGCCCAUUGCAGGUAAAAGAGUUUUUGAUGAGCACAAAAUAGAAUGUGCUCUCCAGUUGCCAAACGAGGAGCUACCUUCAUCAGAAAUAGCUGUGCAAAGCAGAAAACAAAAUAUUGUUAUUGAUGUGGAGAACAGUUCACAAGCGUGCGCGAUUCCUGUAAUUUCAGAAGAAAUAGAUAAGCACCGCCGUCGGUUUAACAUGAGAAUGUUGGUGCCUGGAAGACCAGUUAAGGAUGUUGUUGUUCCACCACCAGUACCAGUUGAAAGACCAACUUACAAAGAGAAAUUUAUUCCACCAGAGCUGAGCAUGUGGGACUAUUUCAUGGCUAAGCCAUUCCUCCCAUUGUCUGAUAGCGGCGUUAUAUAUGACUCAGAUGAAAGCAUUCCAAGUGAUGAUGAGGAUGAUGAGGAUGCAUUUCUUUCUGAUACCCAGUUACAGGAGCACAAACAUGCAGCUUCUUACAGUUGGACAUUAAUACGUUUGGCAUUAGUGAAGCUUGUGAUUCAAAAUCUUAAAAACUUUUUUCCAGUUGCUGGUCUGGAAAUUUCAGAUCUUCCUGUUACUUCUCCAUUGGGUAUUGCUGUUGUCAAAAAUCUUGAAAAUUGGGAGCAAAUGCUUCAAAAACGAUUGGAUCAAUUUGAAGGCCCACCACCGAACUAUGUUAGCACGUAUCCUAGUGAAGUAGCUGUAGGAGCAGGGCCUGCUGCUCUACGUCACAAGGCAAUGUUGGAUCCUGAAAACACACCCUUCAAGUCAAAAGAUUAUUCUGCACUUCCUGUAAAAAGACUUUGGCAUUUCCUUGUGAAACAAGAACUCCUCCAGGAAACUUUCAUACGAUAUACCUUUACCAAGAAAAGAAAGCAAAGUGAGUCUGUAGAAGACAGUGCGGAUCGUUUAAGCUACGUAGCAGAUCUACAGCAAAACAAGGUUGAAGCCGAUCUUGGUUACCCAGGAGGAAAAGCAAAAGUUAUUCACAAGGAAUCUGAUAUGAUUAUGGCCUUUGCAAUUAACAAGGUAAACUGCAAUGAAAUUGUCUUGGCCUCUACCCAUGAUGUGCAGGAACUUGAUGUUUCGUGUCUCCUUGCUGCUCAGCCUUAUACAUGGAUUGGAGAAGAAUAUGAUAGAGAAUCAAAAAGUUCUGAUGAUCUUGAUUUCAGAGGAUCCACCUCUGCCAUUCCACAAGCAAGCGUGACUUCGUUUAGUAUGAGUCAAAUGCAAGCCUCUUCAUCAAUGCCUUGGCUGGGCAGUGGACAGACAAGUACCGGAGCUGGAGUGCUUAUAAAAAGGAAUCUCCAUAAUGUGAAAAGAAUGGCUUCACAUCCAGUUCAUCAAUAUUAUAUUACUGGCGCUCAGGAUGGUAGCGUUCGAAUGUUUGAAUGGAAUCGGCCCCAGCAGCUUAUUUGCUUUCGUCAGGCUGGAAAUGCACGAGUUACACGUUUGUACUUUAAUUCCCAAGGCAAUAAGUGUGGUGUUGCUGAUGGAGAAGGAUUCUUGAGCAUUUGGCAAGUAAACCAAACGGUAUCCAGUCCAAAACCCUAUCUGAGUUGGCAGUGUCAUACUAAAACCACAAGUGACUUUGCAUUCAUUACCUCAUCAAGUUUAGUUGCAACAUCUGGACAGUCAAGUGAUAACAGAAAUGUGUGCCUGUGGGACACGCUGGUUUCUCCUAGUAAUAGUCUAGUUCAUGCCUUCAAUUGCCAUGAUAAUGGUGCAACAGUACUGCAGUAUGCUCCAAAGCAGCAGCUAUUAAUUACUGGUGGCAGAAAAGGAUGUAUCUGCAUAUUUGAUAUUAGGCAGAGACAAACCCUUCAUACUUUCCAGGCUCAUGAUUCUGCAGUAAAAGCCCUAGCCCUGGAUAUGUCUGAAGACUAUUUUGUCACAGGCUCAGCAGAGGGAAAUCUGAAGGUAUGGAGAUUGACAGGACAUGGUUUAAUACAUUCAUUUAAAAAUGAACAUGCAAAGCAGUCCAUAUUUCGAAAUAUUGGUGCUGGUGUCAUGCAGAUUGAAGCUGGAGAAGACAAGCGCAUAUUCUCAUGUGGAGCGGAUGGUACUCUGAAAAUGAGAGUGUUGCCUACUGCAUUGAAGUCAAGUAUUUUCGAUAUCCUCUAACUGUGUGACUUUUUAGCCAGAAUUUACUUUGACGUAUGGAUCAGCUACUGCAAAAUGCAUAGAAGGAAUUAGUUUGCUUUCUAAACAACUACUGAAGUGUUAGCUGCUAUUUAGAAUUCAGGUGUUAAAGGUUAAUUCCUAAGAAGGAACAGUUUACAAGUGUCAUUUAUAUUGUCGAGUGGGAUGGAUAUGCAUGUGUUAUUAUAAACAAAUGUAUACCAAGGCCAGUAAGUUGAAGUAGGUGAAGGUUCUAUUGAGCGAAUUCCCAUGCAAAUAAAGCUCAACCCUUUAAAACUGAUGUUGAGCAGAUUUGUGCAGGACUCUAGAAUUUUUUUAAGUUGCUGUAUGUAUUUCAUAUUCAAGAACUAUACUAAUCAGUGCUCUAGUAAUGAGACCAACCUGUAAAUGAUUGAACCAUAAGACAUUAUAAAGAUAUAAAUCAACAGAUGGAAGUUUGUGUUUGCAUGUAGCAUUUUUAAAUAUCAACUUUAUGUGCAAGGAAAUGAAUGCCACAACAUGUUCAAGAACAAAGCACCAUGGUGCCAGGAUAUUACUAACAAAUAGAAAACACUAGACCUCUGGUACUAAAGGAUUAUUAACUUUAAUUCCAUUGUGGGUAUUAGAGUGAUGUGCUGGGUGUUUCAAGUGGUUUACAUAAAUUUCAGCUUUUUGCAUUUGAAUUUUAAGAAAGCAUGUUUAUCAUUUCUACAUUUUCAGCCUUCUGUGCUUAAAAUGAAGGGUGGUUUAUAUAUUACUCACUUAAACCAGGAAAUUUCACUUGGUCUGUUUAGAACUAUGGAAUUUUCCAUUUCUUUACAGACCUCUCUAGCACUGAAGUCAAUGCUUUUUUGUUGUUGUUUGUUAUGAUUUAAUUUUAUUUUUUUAAUUAUUAUUACAUUGUCAUUUGCACAUUUUACUGCAGUGUUUACUUUGUACUGUACUUUGCACAUUCAUUUGACUGUUAACUUGACUUUAACUCUUGCAACAAAGACCAUAAAUGUUUAAUGUUGUGAAUGUGAACAUUUUGAAAAUCUAUUUUUUGUUAUUUUUUUUAUUUUAUUUUUUUUAUUUCACAAAUGAGUUUGUGAAAAUAAAUUAUUUUAACUUCUUAGUUGGAUACCAGUCCAGCAACGGAGAUGACAAGAAUCUAAAUGAAGAUUUCACAGCACCAUAUUAUAAAAUGAAUGUCAGGCUUCCUGUGGCCAGAUAGUGAAUAGCGGAUUCUAAUAAAUUAUUACACAGCAUAUGUAUAAACUAUGCAGUUAAAUAUUGUUUGCGUGUAAUAUACUAGGCAUUGUUGUCCUAUUUUGCCGUACAUUUGUUGUAAACAAAAAUUCUUAUUAAGCUAUGAAGACUAAUGUCUGCGUAUUUAAAUAGUCUUUUGACAACUUAUUUUCUUUUCAAUGCAAAAUUCCUUGUGUGUUGUACUGUAAAUUAUUAUAGCAUUCCAUGCACCUUUCUCUUGUAACUUUGACUUUUCUAAAGAAUAUUUAAAGGAAUGAAGUAUGUAUAGGAAGAAAAGUCAUAUGGCAGAGUUUUACCUUUGUACGUUAAUUAAACCCCUUUUAUUUCAUGGAAA